AAAACAAGAAAGAGAUAACAUAAGAAGGGUAUCCUCCUUCAAUCCCUCAUCUCUUUGUGUUGGUGUUAUCCAAACACAAAGCUUCUCUUCACCAAUGUCUCUAACAUCUCCUCUCCUUCAACUUCCUCUUUCCCAAUUCAAAUCCCUCACCAUUUCCACCCCUUUCCUCAAUGGAAACUCCUCUUCUCUUUCUCGUCUCUCAAAACCCUCUUCUUCCACCAUCACUUCACCAACUCCCUUAACUUUCUUGCCACCAGUUCGGGCCAUGAGAUCAAUGCAAGGUCGGGUCGUUUGCUCCACAAAUGACAAAACUGUUUCUGUUGAAGUUACUCGUCUUGCUCCUCACCCAAAGUAUAAGCGUAGAGUUAGGAAGAAGAAGAAGUAUCAGGCACAUGACCCUUUGAAUCAGUUUCAAGUUGGGGAUUAUGUUCAGCUUGAAAGUAGUGCACCUAUUAGCAAGACUAAGGCUUUUAUUGCUGUGCCUGUGCCUCCAAGAAACCAGCCUAAGGUUAAGGAGGAAGAGAAUAAUCAAGAACUUGGGCUUCCACUGCAACAGAGUUAAAGUGAGAGCUUUCUUGGACACUUUUAAUUAAUCUUGGAUUCAGUUUUUUUUUUUUUUUUUGGCUGUUGGGUUAUUGUUGUGAUUUCAUGAUAAUCAUGUAUUUUAAUUGAGUAUUUUUAGCCUUCAAUUCUGAUUUCUGCUUUUGUAGUAGUACGGUAAUUUAUCUCUUUGUCUUUGAACCUGAAUGUAACAGUGGCGGAUCCAGGAUUUUCACUCAGGGUGUUCGGAAAAAUAACUGGACCUAAAUAUACAUUGUAAUAUA